CAUAAACAGAAGUUCGAAAUCUUCCUCCUGCAGCCAUUUUGAACUUCAAAUCAGAUUUUCGACGAAAAUCAAAAUUCAUAGACGCUGAAAAGCCAUUGAAAAUCUUUCUUAUGGAGUAUUUAGAGCUAAAUUUCAUAAUGUAGUGGACUUGAGCUUCGUUCAAGUGUAGUUGGCAAGCAUUCUUAUUCCUUUGCCUGGCACAUGUUUGUGUAUCCAAGACAAUCCCUCAGGAAAAUUACUUUUUAUUGCCGAAAUCAUCAGUAAAAAUGGGGAUCCCUGACUUGGAUUUAAUGUUCGAUGUUCUCGAUACAGGAGUAACUGGGUAUUUAAAUUCAUCCCAGCUUCAAGAAUUUUACCAAGAUAUUUAUUUUUCGGCUCUGGAUCCAAGACAAAUUGAAGGUGCUUUGAUGACUGUGUGUGGGCACAACAACGAUGGACGGUGUUCAAGAGAAUACUUCCUUGCAGUUUUAAAAGAACUUGAAAGGCGUCGAACUUUAGAAGACAAGAUCUACUGGGAUUUUAAAGCUCUAGACUUUGAGGGAAAUAACAGGAUUUCCAUUGAAUCGACGUUAUUCUUGUUCAAAGCAGUUCAUGAAGACGACUUCUCUCUGAAAACCUGGAAUUUUUUUCUCAAGCAAAGAAGUCAACCAGAAAAUGAUGUAUCGUUUGAUGAAGUGAAGUUAUUCCUUUGCAACCUUCCUUCAGGGGGACCGUGUGAGGAGAAUGAAUAUAAACAGGAGAGAGAAGAAUUGGAGAAACGUUAUUGUACUACAGGGUACAAUACUGUCAAAGAACUGGAAGAACUGCAGGCUGAUGAUGCUAGGCUUGCUGCAGAAGAAAGAGAAAGACAAGAAAAAGCAAGCAAGCUCAAGCGCUCAGCAAGCCGUCGAACAAGAAGGUUGGAUCACGAAGGUGUUGAAGCAUUAUUGCGUGAUGAUGAAGAAUGGGAUGAAGAGGCAGCUAAGAAAGCAAGGCAGAGGGUUACUGCAUCUGAACUUAUUCAAGCACUCAGGACAAAGUAUGAGUUCAUUCGUCAAAGUCUUCUCACUGAAAUGCUCAAACGUCAUGUUGGCGAAGGGAUGUGGACAGCACUAUCAACACAAGAACAGAACGAAAGAAUCUCACAACUCGUUGUCAAAGUCAAGAAGUUGCGCAAAGAAGGCCAGCUUGAUAGUACUUCAGUCAAAACUCUCCCUGGUUCAGGAGAGGUGUUCAGUAACAAUCUUAUGGCCAUGAUGGGAAAUAGUCGUGCUGGAGCAAAAAGGCUACAAAGAGAAGAACAAAAACUAAGAGAACUUAUGAAAGAAAAGGGAAAAUCAGAAACUGAGAUUGAAGAGGAAGUAAAAUCCCUUCGUGAAGAGGCAACAAAAGGAAGCAGCACAACGGAUCUUUUGCUGAUGCAACUCGAAAGACGUUAUGCUGAAGAUAAAGAUCACUUGAGUCGAUGUCUACGAGGAGCUGAUGGUCAUACGAUGGUCUUAGAGGAGCGGCUGGUUGAAUAUUCGCUGUUGCUAAGGGAACAACUACGUGCGAAGCAAGAGAGUCAGUUUUUUGCUACAGCUUGUAGCACUGGUUUAGCUGAAGAUCUUCAUCAGAAUUUGGCUGGACAAGAUCGUAUUCGGCAAGAAAAGCUCGCCUAUGAACGACUUGUUCAACGCAAAGGCCGCAAGCUGCAAAAAGAGGUAUUAUCAGGAGAAACGCUUAGCAAAGGGAACGUGGGGGUUGUAGAUCUACUAGAAGAUGUGGUAAAGGUCCUUGAAAGAAAACAAGCUUUGGAGAGAGAAGUACUAGUUUACAUGCUGCAAGGAAGAGAGAGCUCACGGGCUCGAAGCUAUGCCAAAAAAUUAACCCCAGACGAAAGAACCAAUCAGCUUCUAGUAUUAAGAAUGCAGCGUCAAGCAUGGAAAGAUCGCAGCUCGGACGACAAGUACUCAAGUCGGGACCAUCAUCGUGCUAUUCUACAGGAAGCAGUUGGACUUGUUUUUGAAAACAGGAAAAACGAGAUGAAGGAGCUCUCUGGUAAUAUCCCGGAUGACAUCAAAGUUUCUUCCGCCAUCUUGUCUGAGUUACAGGAGUAUCAAGAUAAGGAAAGCCGACUGUUGGCUACCUUACCAAACAAGGAUUUGCAAGAACUUCGUCGCAUACGCACAGAAGAAGAACAAGCAAUCAACGAAGAAUGGUUAGACAAUUUAUCAGCUGUAAUACUCGGCACAGAAGAAGGACGAGGGCAAGAAGACGAACUCCUCAAAGCUCUUGAAGACAAGUACGAUGCACUGCGUGACAAGCUCCUUCUGGAAGCACUAGAGAAGCAGUUAGGCGCUGCCGAGUGGGCAAGGCUGUCUGAACAGGAAAGACAGGCCAGGCUUUUGAAGCUGAAGUUACAAGAAAAGAGGCUGAGGCAGCAAGGAAAGUUUGACGAGGCUGCAGCGUUGUUGGGAGAAGGUUUAAAGAAUGCUGAGUUAUUGCAGUCGUUACUCGGCGAGAAUAGACAACGAUACCUGGAUCGCCUGAAGGAAAGACUUGCUCGUCGCCAACGACGUAUGGAAGAGGGUCUAGACCCCGACGAAGAAGACGAGGAAACCCUUCGAAUGCUUGAAGAAGAAGAAUCUAAAUCAAGCGGUAACAUCCUGAAAGACUUGCAGGACAGGUUUGACGAGGAGAAGGAUGCUCUACUGCGCAGACUCAGGGAAGAACAAGACCGAUUCCUUGCUGAAAAACGACGGCAAGCUGAGCUUGCUCGCUUGAGGAGGGAGAAAAGACAAACAGAACUGGAAUCCAAAUUUGGCUCAGCUGCUUUGGUUCUCGGUCUUGCAGAGAGAAACAGACUAAACCUUGAAGACAGGCUCAAGCGUGACAGAGAAAGACAGGAACAACUUGCGAGGGAGAGGUUGGCCAAUAGGAAAGGAAAGAGGGGUAAAGUGGAAGAUGAUUCCGAUGAACCAGAACCCGAUAAAGAUGACAUAAGUGGUUGGAAUGACGCCGUUCUCAAAGCCCUCGAGAAGAAACACCGUGCCGAGCAGGAGAUGUUGAUGAGUCUACUGCUAGACGAAAGCAGUGAAGACUUGAGGCAAGAGGCCAGAGAAGCUGGAGAAGAAAAGAGGCACAAACAAAUACAUGAACUGAAAGAAAAACGGGAAGAACUGGACUUUGGAGUCAAAGCUGAUCAAGAGCUACACGAGGACAUUCUUGAUAUGGCUGCAGCUUACCGCGUUGAAAUUCGUCGACACAAGAUGUCGAGUGAGCGAGAACAAGAGGUAACCAACGAUGACGUGCAUACUUCACUUGUGGCAGAUCUACAGGAAGAACAAGAUAAAGAGGUGGAAAAUAUCAUGAUCCAGCUGCAAGAUAAGACUCAGCCACAGUUGGCAGAAAUGCGUCAGGCACAGAUUCAAGCGCGCAAAGACGAAGUAGCCGAAAAUGUAGCUACGACUCUUCUGCGGUAUGAAGGCCUAGGUACUGAUGACGAGAUUCUAAAGGCCUUGGAUAAUAAAUAUGAUGCUCUGAAGGAUAAACUGUUACUGGAAGCCUUAAAGAAACAACUUGGAGACUCCGAAUGGGCGAGACUCUCCGAGAGAGAGCGACAACAGCGAUUAAUGAAGCUCAAGCUUGAGGAACGAAGACUACGGCAGGAGGGGAAAAUGGACGAACUUGCUCGUUUACUGGGUGAAGGAUUCGCUAUGGAUGCCAAUCUUAGAAAGUUAUUGGGAGAUAACAAAGCAAGGCACGAGGAAAAGUUAAAAGAACGACUGGCUCGCAGACGGGAACGUCUUGCUCAAGGUCUUCCUCCAGAUGACAGCGAGGACGAGGACGAAGACGAAGCCGAGGGAGAGGAAGGCCAUACUAAUGUCAUUAAUGUACUUGAUGCUCUAGAUAAAAGAUUCGACGAAGAAAAAGAUGCUUUGAUGGCAAGACUGAGAGGAGAUAACGAAAGGUUCUUGAGUGAACGUCAAAGACAAGCAGAAUUAGCAAGGUUAAGAAGAGAACAACUAAAAGCGAAGCAGGAAGACAAGUUCGAUUCUGCUGCGUUGGUCCUGGGACUAGCGGAAAGAAACCAAGCUGCUGCUGCUGAUAGGCUAAAACAAGAUCGAUUACGCCAGGAACAGUUAGCCCGCGAACGUCUUGCUCAGCGGCGUGGACGUAAAUCUAAAGAACCACUUACUGAAGAUAAGCUGAUUACCGAGGGUGGCGUCACUGCCAUGCAGGAAAAUCUGCUGAAAAUACUAGAAAACAAAUACAAGCAUGAGAGAGAGGUAUUGGCGGAUCUACUUCAAGAAGAUCAGCAAGAUUUGAUUUCUACCUUGGACAACUGGACCCAAGAACAAUGCGAGGAGAGGUUACGAGAACUCAAAGAUAAACUGUCAUCCGUGGACCCAGCUGACCAAGAACAAAGGCAAAGUAUUCUACUUGAAGCGGCGGCCGUUAAGUUUGUCAACCGAAGAAAUCACCUACAGAAAUCCCGCGAGGAAGAAGGACCCGUCCCGCGGGAUGAUGUAAUAGUUUCUGUCUUGGCUGAUCUACAACAGGAACAGGAUAAGGAGAGUGAGAUUGUGAUUGAAGCUAUGCAAGACAAGGACAAAAACGAACUGAUUGAACUACAACAAGAGCACAUCCAAUCACAUCAAACUCAAUCACUAAAGAAUGUCAUCACCACGGUAACGCGAGGAGAGGCUGUAGGCGAUGCCAAAGACGACGAACUAGUCCAAGCAUUAGAGGACAAGUACGAUGCGCUCAGAGAUAAACUGAUAGCUGAUGCACUGAUCAAACAAUUCGGUGAAGCCGAAUGGAAGUCCAUGAGUGAGAGAGAUCGCAUGGCGAAGCUGGUACAGCUAAAACUGGAGGCCAAAAGACUCAAGAAAGAAGGUAAAAUAGACGAGCUCCAAAAAGUCUUUGGAGACGCAUUGGCAAACGAAGCAAGUUUAGCAGCAUUAAUGGGCGAAAAGAAAGAAGACUAUGCGAAGAGAUUACAAGAAAGGCUAGAGAAACGACGAGAGAGACUGCAGACUGGAAUGACUGAGGAAGAAGUGAGUCAGUUAGAAGCAGAAGAAGACAAACAAAUCGAGGAAGAAUUGAAGAAGGCGUCAACUGGUAACGCGUUGUUGGAUCUUGAGAAACGCUUAGAAGAAGAGAAGGAAGCUUUACUGGCUGGGCUUCGUGGUGCAGAUCAAAGGUUCCUGAGCGAACGAGAGCGUCAAGCUGAGUUGGCAAGACUCAGGCGAGAUGAACGGCGCGCUAGACAAGAAGAUACGUUUGAUAGAGCAGCCAUGGUAUUUGGCCUGGCACAGACUAUGCAAGCAAAUCUAGAAGAAGUGAGGAAACGCGAUCAGGAACGCCAGCGAAUGUUGGCCCGUGAGAGGCUGGAAGCGCGUCGAAAUCGAAGCAAAUCUGACGUCGAGAAGGAGAAAGAAAAACUAAAGAAUGCUGAGAAGAUGGAGAAUGCAGUGGAAGUGACAGACCCAAACAACGUUGCUGUUCUUCAGAAUGCUGCUGUUAAAGAAAUGGAAUUAAAACACGCCUGUGAACGAGAAGCGUUUGAGAUUAUGCUCAACGAGGAAAAGGACAGUGCCAUGCGCAAAGCGACCAAGAAUUUGAGCCUUGAACAAAUGAGGGAUCGACUGUUUGAACUCAAGCAACUGCGCAAACAGUGGCGCGAUUCUAGUACUGAUGAGAUGGCAGAGACUGCUGAUGAAGAAGAAGCUAAUCUAAGAGAGGCCACAGGACUCCAGAUCGAGAUUAAGCUGGCUGAAAAGAAGCAGGAAGGAGAAACUGGGGAAACUACUGAAGAAGAAGUUGCGGUGGCAUUGUUAGCAGAUCUUCAGCAGCAACAAGAUCAGGAACAAGAAUUCCUCUUACAGGAUUUGGCAUCGAAGACACCAUUAACCCUCCAACAGAUCCAACAAGUCCAGCUCAUUGCCAGGCAGCAAAAAUGGUACGACAACAUCGCAGCAGCAUUACUUGGGGUCAAGAGGUCAUUACUCAACACUUCUACUGCGCAGGCGCCAACUGAAGAGGAAUUAGUCGAGGCCUUGGAAGAGAAAUAUGAUGCGCUAAAGGACAAACUGUUGGCAGACGCUUUGAUGAAGCAAAUGGGUAAAGCAGAAUGGGCUGCUUUGUCGGAGAGAGAAAGACAAGCGAAACUCGUGAGGUUGAAAUUACAGGAGAAAAAGUUAAGAGAGGAAGGGAAAUUUGACGAAGCAAGCAGGUUAUUUGGCGAAGGACUCCAAAACGAAGCAAGUCUUCGCGCGCUGAUGGGACAAUCCAAAUCCCGCCAACAAGACAUUCUAAAAGAAAGGCUCCAAAAGCUCAAAAAGAUGAAAGAGGCUGGUAAAGAAGUAAACGAAGCUGAACUAGCAAAUCUCGAACUGAUUGAAGAGCAGGGCUUAGAAGCUGUGGAUAGUACUGUACUAGAGAGCAUCACUGAUCAGGCGUUAGUCGAGAGUGAUGAAGCUACUACUGCUAACUUGGCACACGACUUGCAGUCUCGUUAUGAAGAGGAGAAAGAAGCGCUCCUUGCAGCGUUACGUGGACAAGACGAACGUUUCCGUAACGAGAGGACGAGACAACUUGAGCUUGCGAAGCUUCGACGUGAACAGAAGAAACUGAAGCUAGAAGAUAACGUUGAUACUGCUGUGCUGUUGUUGAGCAUGGCGAAGAAACAGAAAGAUGCAUUAGAUUCGAGCUAUAAAGAGAAUCGUUCACGGCAGGAACAGCUUGCUCGUGAACGUAUUGCCGCACUCAAAGCACGUCGGGCCGCUAAGAAUAAACCUGCGAGCGAAGAAGACGAGAAAAACGAAAGUGUGGAAGCUGUGAUACAAGAGAUAAAGGCAGAUUUAGAAUCAGAUAAACUGCAAGCCAUUGAUAUUCACCAAGGAGGGAUUGCAGGGAUUCAAGAGGCUAUAUUGAAUGAGUUAGAACAGAAGCAUAAAUCUGAACAACAGAUCCUAAACGACCUAUUGCAAAGUGUAGAAGAAGACACAGAAGGUGUCGCCGCAGCAAGGUACCUAGCAAGUGAGGAGAGACAGGCCAAGAUCCAGCAGAUUGGCAAGGACAGGCAGAACUGGCGAAUGGACAGCAUGAGGGAUGCACUGAAAGCAGUACCAGAACAACAGCAACAAGAGGAGGAAAGGCAGACAUACGCAGCUCGUAUUGUCGAGGCUCGUUCUCGCCAGAACAAGCUACUUCACAAUGCACUGUUGCUACGAGUCGAGAGUUGCAAGCAGUUGUUGAUUGAGAAAGGGGUAUCCGAAGAUAAACUCAAUGAUGAAGUUGCUGUGGGUUUGUUGGCAGAUCUUCAGGAGAAGCAACAGACUGAAAAUACGGCUAUGAAUAGUGUUCUUAGUGAUAAGGAUGCUGAUGUAUUAACUCAAAUCAAAGACGAUCAACGUCGUUCUCGUCGUGAAGGUUGGUGUGAUAACGUUGCGGCAGUUAUUCUGGGAACAAGGCCUGUUAGGAAGAGGAGUACAAUCAUGGAGGCUCCAAGCGCAAUGGAUGCAUUAGGUGAAGAAGGCGAAGAAGAAGCACAUCUUGAAGAGAAACACGAGCAAGAGCUAGCAGCCCUGGAGGAAGAGAUGGAGAAAGAGAAAGAAGCAAAGAAACUCGCUGGCGCAUCGGAAGAAGAAAUUAGUGCAGCUAUGGCCGAGUUACAACGACAACACGAUGCCAGACGAAAUGCAUUACAGCAGGACGUGGAGCGGCAGCGUCGCUUGGCGCGUGAGAGACUCGAAGCUAGAAGACGCAAACGUGAUGAGCAGCAGUAUGAGGUAGAUAUGGCUGCUUCUAUUGUUACUAUGGCACAGAAACAGUUUGCUUUGGUGAGGGAGAAGACCAUGCUCAAACGAGAUGAAGUUCAAGACUCGCUCAAGGACAGGCUUGCCAAACGUCGUCUCGACCGCCAGCGUAAAAAAGCUGAAGAAGAAGAGGCCCAACGCAAAGCCGAAGAAGCCAAGCGGCAGGUUGAAGAGAAAGUACAAGAAGAAGAGGCAGCAGCAACAGAAAAGCGAAGAGGAAGCAAGACCCCUGAAUGGCCACUACCACCUGGCUUUGCUAUGAAACGCGAGAAGACUGUCGUAGAGGUCGACUUGUCUGAUGAAAAGAAACGUGAAAUCGUCUCGUCGCUUAUACGAGAGCACACCAGCUUUACAAAGAAAUUUGAACGCGAAAGAACACGACACGAAGACAUGCUGAAAAGGCGAAGAAGAAAGAAGCAAGAAAAGCGCGAACAGAGAGACGAAGAGGCGGCUUUCAUCCUUGGUCUAGGAGAAAGACAGAAGACAUUUGUUGAACAGCAGAAAAAGGAUGAGCGCGAACGUCAAAUAACGAUGAUUCGUGACCGCAUCGCCCGCGUCAAAUACGAACGAACCCAGACAAUGAUGGAACCACGUGACGAAGGAGCAGGUAAAGGCUUCUCCAGUUUCCAGGACGACGAAGAGCUCAAAGGUCUGUCUGAAGACGAAAAAAUGAAGAAAAUUGCUGCUAAGAUGGAAGAGAAAUUCAAGUCGGAGCAAAGAAGGAAAUCUAGCGUGCAAGUGCUGUCACCACCAGUGCUUUCUCCGGACGGCAGUUCACUGGAAAACUCGGAAGACGAGACGCGUGAGGUAUCCCAUAAUCUACUGGACGAAAAGGGGCGAGAAAAGAAGCUGAAGGAGCGAAUGGCAUCCCGACGAAGAAAGUCUAGACAACAUGAUCCUAUCAUGCCUCCCCCUCUCGAGGGAGCAGAGGGAGGCACUUGAUUGGCUUUCAUGCACCUUCCAUCAGAGGGAGCAGGGCAAGGGGGGGGGGGGGGCAUUAAAUGGCGCGAUUAUCUCACUUCAAAGGAUACUCCAUUCAAGGGAGCAGAGGAAGGCACUUAAAUGGCUUUGAUUGAUCUUCCAUACAAAGGAGUAGAGGAAGGCACUUAAAUGGCUUCAAUGCAUCUUCCAUUCAAGGGAGCAGAGGAAAGCACUUAAAUGGCUUCAAUGGAUCUUCCAUUCAAGGAAGCAGAGGAAGGCACUGAAAUGGCUUCAAUGCCUUUUUUAUCGAGGAAACAUAUGAAUCACUUCAUUGGCUUCCAUGCGCAUUCUUCUGGAAGGAGCAGAGGGAGGCACUUUAAUGGCUUCCAUGCACUUUUCUAUCAAGGAAGCAGAGCGGGGCACUUGAUUGACUUCCAUGUGUUUUCCUAGGAAGGGAGCAGAGGGAGAGACUUAAAUGGCUUUCAUAUACCUUUUUUAUCGAGGGAGCAGACGGGGGCACUUAAAUGGCUUCCAAGCACAUUCCUAUCGAGGAAGCAGAGGGAGGCACUUGAUUGGCUUCCAUGUAUUUUCUUAGGGAGGGAGCAGAGGGAGACACUUAGAUGGCUUCCAUACCUUUUCCUAUCGAAGGAGCAGAGGGAGGCACUGUCUUUUCUUAUGAAGUAGUAUUUUUUCCACAUGCCUGCGUCUCAAUCACUUCACUAAAUUCACUUUCUUGCAGAAGAAGUUAUAGUCGCUACAUUUGAUAGGAUCGCGAAAUGUACAAACCAAGUAUAUAUUCAUUUUAGUGCUUCGUCUUCGUCUUUUUCGCAAACGUAUAUUCUUCAUUUACUUUUCUAUAAAUAAAAUUACUAAAUAAUAAA